GACAUCUGAGAGUGUUGGAAUAAAUUUACAGAAGAAUGGCAGCUUCUCUCCACCUUCAUUUGGUCAGCCCUCUCCUCAAUACGAAGAGAAAGGUAUGAAGAAAUCAGCAAGAGGAUCAGAGGAUCUGACAGAAGCCUUUUUGCAGUGCAGUUCUCUUCCUGCUACUGGAGUAACACAGACAGAAGCCAUCAAAACUGAUCGACAGCAAGUAGAGAAAGAAAUCCAAAUUCACAAUGGAAAAAAACCGUAUUGUUGUCAUGAAUGUGGUAAGUCGUUCUUUAGGAGAAGUGAACUUCAGAGGCACAGAAGAAUCCACACAGGAGAAAAACCUCAUUGCUGUUCAGAAUGUGGUAAGUCGUUCUCACGUAUAAGCAGUCUUCAGAUACACAGAAGAAUCCACACUGGAGAAAAAUCUCAUUGUCCAGACUGUGGUAAGUCGUUCUCACGUGUAAGCAGUCUUCAGAUACACAGAAGAAUCCACACAGGAGAAAAAUCUCAUUGUCCAGAAUGUGGUAAAUCAUUCUCAACGAGAAGCAGUCUUCAGAACCACAGAAGAACCCACACAGGAGAUAAACCUCAUUGUCCAGAAUGUGGUAAGUCCUUUUCAACGAGAAGCAGUCUUCAGAACCACAGAAGAAUCCACACAGGAGGUAAACCUCAUUGCUGCUCAGAAUGUGAUAAGUCGUUCUCACGUAUAAGCAGUCUUCAGAUACACAGAAGAUUCCACACAGGAGAAAAAUCUCAUUGCUGCUCAGAAUGUGGUAAGUCAUUCUCAUGGAAAAGUGAACUUCAGACGCACGAAAGAAUCCACACAGGAGAAAAACCUCAUUGCUGUUCUGAAUGUAAUAAGUCAUUCUCACGUACAAGCAGUCUUCAGAGACACAGAAGAAUCCACACAGGAAAAACAUCUCAUUGUCCAGAAUGUGGUAAGUCGUUCUCAAUGAGAAGCAGUCUGCAGAAGCACAGAAGAAUCCACACAGGAGAAAAACCAUAUUGUUGUAGAGAAUGUGGUAAGUCAUUCUCAAGGAGAAGCAGUCUUGAGGUACACAGAAGAAUCCAUACAGGAGAAAAAGCUCAUUGCUGACAAGAAUGUGCCAAACAAUUUUCUUACAAAUGUCGUUUUCAAACGCACACAGAAAUUGAUACUGGAGAGAAGGCAUAUUGCUGUUCUCAAUGUGGAAAAAGGUUUUAAACAUUAGCUCUUUUCAACUAAACACACAAACUCCAACUAAAGCGAAAAUGCAGUAUGUAUGUUCUGAAUGUGGCAAAUGUUAUACAAGCCAGAAAAGUCUUUAUCCAAAUGCCAAAAUCCAUACUGAAGAAAAAUUUCAUUGCUGUUCUGUAUGUGAGAAACGAUUCUUAUAUUUAAGCGUACUUCAGUGCCACAUCCGAACUCACACUGGAGAUAAACCUUAUCGUUGUCCUGAAUGUGAUAAGCAUUUCUCACAACAAAGCACCAUAAAAAGUCACAUCAGAUGUCACACAGGAGAGAAACGUCACCUUUGCUUGUAAUGUGGCAAACAAUUCUCAUAUCUAUUUCUCUGUAUAAGCAUACUAAAAGUUAUACUGGAGAGAAGCCUUACAGUUGUACUGAAUGUGGAAUGUGAUUCUCAUAUAACAGUUCUCUUCACAGUCAUACAGUAAUUCAUUCCAGUAAGAAACAAUGCUGUUCUGACUGUGGCAAGCUUUUCUCAGACAGCAUGACUCCUAAAGAUCACAUGAGAAUUCACUCUGGAGACAAACCUUAUUGCCAGAAUGUGGCAAACCUCAGAUCAACAUUAAAUUCACACUGGAAUACAACACAUAUUUCACAAACAGCAAGAAUCCUCUUCAAGAACUUAUAGGUGCAAGAAAAUACCUCAUUGUUUUCCUGAUUGUGGUUAACGCUUUUUAGACAGCAGUGUACUUUAUAGUCAUAAAUGACUGGCCUACUUCUGGUAAGCCUCUUCGCUGUUCUGAAUGUUGAAAGUGGUCCUCCUGUAUCAUCCUUCAUCAGCAACACGUAAGAUUUCAACUAUUCUGCAACUACUUCAACAAAGCAGGGACCGAUCAUCUCUGCACCAGUGCAUAAGAUGGUGAACAAUACAAACACCAGACAACAGAAUGAGGUAGCAACAGAACUGUGCGGUGAUAACUUCAUUCACAGAACACAACUGAAAAAGUUCAAUGUAACAAUGAAAAAAUGGAGAAGUCAAAUCAAAUCUACAGUGCAGUGCCAACUACCAGGAUGUGCCACUGACAACAAGGGAAAUAUUUUUGUUUUGGAACUUUGGAGAUGGGGCCUUAUCUGAGGAGCAAUGAACUUGUACCGUCUCAGGGAUGUCAUCUGAUGGCUGACGCCUGGGCUGAGUGCAGACAGCCGUUCUUAACCCUGAUAAUGAAGAAGUCAUUUAGUGAUGUCAGCUGACAGUCAAUGCAGUCCAAUCAGAUACUGGGGAGGGGGACAGGACACUAAAAAGAGAGCCGUCACAUGACAGACCAAUAUAGAGGGGCUUUAUAGGUCUUUUACUGUAAUUUAGGUUAUCAUUUAUAAACGAUAAGAGUCUUUACAAACCAAACACAUUUAUCGGCUGGGUGUCAAGGGUGAGUCCAAAAGUGGGAAUUUAGGAAGAUCGAAAUACAAAUAAAAUGAAACAUUCAGGGAUCAAAGGGAAAUGUUUAAGACCUGAAGAGGGCGUCACAACAGCAUGCUAGGGUUAGCAUGGGGGACCACAGAAUAUCAAUUAAUGUAUUGAAGGAAUAUUAUUUAAAAUAAUAAUUUUAUGAGAAUUGGGACACCAUAAUGAAUUCAGAACACGGUGAAAAUGAAACACACAGGGAUCUCUGCUGCCCCAGCUGAUAAUUUAACCUAAAAUUAUAACAGAUGUUACUUUGCUCCAUGUCAGUAUAUCCUGGGUGGUUUGUGAAGGACGCUAUAUACUCUGUAUGUUUUGGUUCAAGUUUCAGUUUGAGUUCAGAACCUCCUUCAUAUCAAUACCUAAGACAACGUUUCUUCAUGUUGAGACUACAAGCUGAAGGCCACAGGACCUCAGUAAACUCCAACAGCAGGUUGGACGAUUAGAAAGCUCUGCUUUGAGAGAGUGUCAGCUACACAAAGCUUCGGCUUCAUUUCCAUUGCAGAAAACUCCAAAAAGCAGAAGGGGCCCCUUCAGUACCCCCACCACUGAACAUCAAAUUUGACCACCUCACUACACGGUGUUGGUUCACUCAGCAUGGACUUUCUGUAUUUUGCAAGUUUAUGUUUCUUUAUUUGGCCACACUCUUUUUACAUUUCAUUUCAUUGAUGUUCUCAAAUGUGUGAGUAUAGUUUGACUCUUACAAGGUCUUAUCCAAAAGGGUACAUUGGCCAUGAAAUGCAAGAAGGUAGAAAAAUAUAAAAAGUGGAGCCCACAAAAUUUGGAGGUGACAUCGAUGAAAUACGCUCAGUGGCAGAGGUGACGUGGACAAAAUCAGAAAGGAAAGCACAGAAAAGGCAGGUACCAACUGAAAACAAAAGAAGAAAGCUGAUUGGUGGGGAGAACUGUCAGUCACUCCUGAGUGGACUGUUGAAGACAGCUGUGGCAUGCAGACUUCAAAGUUCAUGUGUUUUUGAUGUCAAAUCUCUGACUAUGCACUGAAUAAGUCUGUUAUUUAUCAGUUGGCAUCUUCUAAAACUGUAAUUUCAUCACAAAGAUCACACAAACACGUAAUGUGGCAUUUGUGAUCAAUCACUUUUGUUGGUUUUUAUGGCACCAUUCUUCAGCCCUGUACUGUAUAGAGUGCCACUUCCACAUCGGCAACCCCACUGCACCCCAUAGCACAUUUGAGUUUGGUACAGGAGCACAAAGUGGAUGGCACUCUGAGAAGGACAGACUUGUAAGACGUGAACAAAGCCAGCUGCCCUCCCUCGUCUGUCUUCAUUCAGAAGGACUCACCUGAGUGGUGGGAUUGUUCUGCGGCGCUCCUGUUAGCCAACAUUUCAUCAGCUUGCUUUCUGUGUUUCAUCUGAUAACCAGCAGAGUUAAUCAAAGAUGAGCCAGGCCUGUUACAAUGUGAACGUUCUUGACAUUU